AUGCCUCCUUCGGCGGCAUCACAGGAGAAGAGAAAUAUUGUCAUCGUAGGUGGCGGUAUAAUCGGUAGCACAACUGCUUAUUUCCUGACUCGCCAUCCCUUUUAUAAUCCCUCUCUCCACUCUAUCCAUUUGAUCGAAGCUGCCAGUGUCGCCUCAGGAGCCAGUGGUAAAGCCGGUGGUCUCCUCGCCCUCUGGGCCUACCCAUCAUCGAUUGUUCCCCUAUCCUUCCGCCUCCAUGAGGAGCUCGCCAAAGAACAUGGUGGCGAAAAGAGAUGGGGCUAUCGAGGCGUCAGCUGUGGCCAACUCGACAUCAAGGGCAGAAGACUUGGCGAUGCAACAGCAGGAGGAAAAGGAAACCCUCCCGCAGUUAACCCCGUGCACGACGAAGCAAAGGAGCGGAUCAGUCUAAAGAAGCGAUCGAAUGAUAGCUAUCAAGCCCACCAGGCGGCUGGCGUGCCUGAGGACCUAGACUGGCUCGUCGACUCGAACAUCCAGUCCUACGACUCAAUGGGCACACCCGAGAACACAGCCCAAGUCCACCCCUACCAAUUCACCACCUCAAUGGCCCAGCUCGCCCAAGAGAAGGGCGCAGAGAUCAUCCUCGGUAGCGUAAAAUCUAUCAACUACAAGGACAAUGACAACGCCGUCGAAUCGAUAACCUACAUGGCGAAAAACACCAAUACUCCAACCACCGUCCCAACAACAGACAUAAUCUUAACCCUAGGACCCUGGACCCAGUCCCUUCUCCCGCAUGCCCCUAUCUCCGCCCUCCGCGCCCACAGCAUCACCAUCCGCCCCUCCCGCCCCUGCUCCGCCUACGCAAUCUUCACCUCCAUCACGCUGCCCCCACAAUUCCGUCCAGGUGCCAAGAACAAACGACCCCAGCACGUCUCGCCAGAGAUAUACGCGCGACCGAACAACGAACUCUACGCCUGCGGCGAAGGGGACACUCUGGUGCCCCUCCCCCCUACCUCGGCCGAAGUCGCAGUCGACGAGUCCCGGUGCCAAGACAUCGCGGACUACUGCUCCGCUAUCUCGGACGAACUACGUGACGGGGAGAUCCUGACGAGACAAGCGUGCUAUCUACCCCAAGUGGAGAGUCGAGCGGGAUCCGGCCCGUUGAUGGGGAAGACGAGUAUCAAGGGUCUGUUUCUUGCCGCGGGCCAUACGUGUUGGGGCAUCCAGAAUGGUCCCGGGACCGGGAAGUUGAUGAGCGAGUUUGUGUUUGAUGGUGAGGCCGGAAGUGCGAGGGUUGAAGGAGCGGGUUUGGAUCCUAGGAAUUACGGUCUCUGA